GGUUUUAUAAGGGGUUUUGUGGAAACCAGGAAAACGUAUAACGUUUGAAAUGUAACAAAAGCCCUCUCUGGGGAAGGGACAGCGGAUAAGGUGCUCUGAGCCCCUACUUCCCUGCUGCCUCCCUUUGAUCGCAACUGUGGUGCAUGGUGUCAGCCUGGGACUCUCCAUGGGCUGCUGCUGGCACUGGUCCUGGCGUUCAUGGCCAAGAGCAUGAUAAGCAAGGAGCACAUGGUUUGUCCCGAUUCAGAGCAGGGCCAGUGGCCACCAGAGAAUAAGCACAGCUUCCUGUACGAUCAUGAGGUCUUCCUGGGCAAGGAGGACUCCAAGACCUUUGAUAGCUAAUCCUGGACGAGAGCAGGAGUAGUUGGGGAAAAUUGUUGAUCCAAUUGACAGUGAUGAAGGCAGCCUUGUUACUACUGAGGAUCUGAAAGUUUGGAUCAAACAGGUACAGAAAAGAUACAUCAACCAAAAUGUGGCUAAACUCUGGAAGGAUUAUGAUAGGGACAUAGAUGAAAAAUCUCCUGGGAAGAAUACCAGCAGGCUACCUAUGGCUACUACCUGGGAAACCUUGCUGAAUUCCAAGAUAGCUCUGAUCAUCACAACUUUAAAAAGUUGCCUCCACGAGAUGAGAGGAGGUUUAAGGCCUUGACGGUGACCUGACAGCUACUCAGUACGGGUUCAUUGCUUUUCUGCACUAAGAGGAUUUAGAACAUAUGAAGGAGAUUGUAGUUCUGGAAACGCUGGGGAAUAUCGACAAGAACAGGGAUGGUUUUGUGGACCAGGAUGAGUACAUUGUGGACAUCUUUUUCUCACGAAGACAAUUGCCCUGAGACCUACUGGGUUUUGUCUGGGGAGCAGUUCAAUGAUUUCCCAAAUCUGAACAAGGAUGGGGAACUGGAUUAGGAUGAGAUUCACCAUUGGAUCCUCCCUCAGGACUAUGACCAUGCACAGGCUGAGGCCCAGCAUCUGGUGUAUGAGUCAGAUAAAAACAAGGAUGAGAUGCUGACCAAGGAGGAGAUUCUAGACAACUGGACCAUGUUUGUGGGAAGCCAUGCCACCAAUUACAGAGAAGAUCUUACCAAAAAUCAUGAUGAACUUGGAAAGAAACUCAUCCUCAUGUGGCCAACAGUCACAUGCUUUCUACGGAUGUUCUGGGUGAUUGCUAUAUUUGUCACGUAUAUAGCAGUUGUGUCCCUAAACAAUAAGAAACCUUUCUAAAGCUCAAAAAAAUCAUACAUUGCACCACAAACAAUAAUAGUAGGAAAUUUAAACACGCCACUUUCAUCAAUGUACAGAUAAGGGAAACAGAAAUUAAACAGAGACACAGAAAGACUAACAGGUUAUGAAACAAAUGGAUUUAACAUAUAUAUAUAUAGAACACUCCACCCUAAAACCAAAGGAUAUACCUUCUUCUCAGCAUCCCAUUGUACCUUCUACAAAAUUGACCAUAUAAUCGGUCACAAAACAGGCCUCAACAGAUACAGGAAGAUAGAAAUAACCCCAUGCAUCCUAUCAAAAAACCACGGACUAAGGCUGCUGAUCAAUAACAACAAAUAGGACAGAAAGCCCACAUAUACAUGGAAGUUGAAGUCAAUGACAACUUGGUCAUUGGAGACAUAAGAAAGAAAUUAAAGACUUGUUAGAAUUUAAUGAAAAUGAAGAUACAACAUACCAAAACUUAUGGGACACAAUAAAAGCAGCACUAAGAGGAAAACACAUAGCUCUGUAUGACUGCAAAAAGAAACAAGAGAGAGCAUAUGUCAGCAGCUUGACAGCACACCUAAAAGCUCUAGAAAAAAUUAAAUAAACCCUAGAGGAGUAGAAGGCAGGAAAUAAUCAAACUCAGGGCUGAAAUCAAACAAGAAGAAACAAAACCUAGUAUCAAAAGAAUCAGCAAACCCAGGAGCUGGUUCUUUGAGAAAAUCAACAAGAUACAUAAACGCAUAGCUAUAUUAACCAGAGGUCACAGAGUGUAUCCAAAUUAAUAAAAUCAGAAAUAAAAGGGAGACAUAACAACAAAAUCUGAAGAAAUUAAGAAGAUCAUCAGAUCCUACUACAAAAACAUAUAUUCAACAAAACUGGAGAAUGUGGAGGAAAUGGACAAUUUUCUAUACAGAUACCAGGUACCACAAUUAAAUCAGGAACAAAUAAACCAUUGAAACAACCCCAUAACUCAUAAAGACAUAGAAACUGCUAAUAAACAUCUCCCAUCCAAAAAGAGCCCAGGACUACAUGGAUUUAGUGCAGAAUUCUAUCAGACCUUCAUAGAAGACUUCAUACCAAUACUGUCCAAACUAUUCCGCAAAAUAGAAACAGACAGAGCACUACCAAACUCCUUCUAUGAAGCCACAAUUACUCUUAUACCUAAACCACACAAAGAUACAACAAAGAUAGAGAAAUUCAGACCUAUUUUAUUUAUGAACAUUGAUCAAAAUGCUCAAUAAAAUUCUUGCAAACUGAAUCCAAGAACGCAUCCAAACAAUCAUCCAUCAUGGUCAAGUAGACCUCAUGGCAAGGAUGCAGGGAUGGUUUAAUAUACAGAAGUCCAUCAACGAAAUUCAUCAUAUAAACAAAGCCAAAACCACAUGAUCAUUUCAUUAGAUGCUGAGAAAUUAUUUGACAAAAUUCAUUACCCUUUCAUUAAUAAAGUCCUGGAAAGAUCAGGAAUUGAAGGCCUGAAUCUAAAUAUAGGAAAAUGCAAAAUACAUCAAACCUGUACCUAACAUCAAACUAAACUUAGAAUAUUGAAGGAAUCCCACUAAAAUCAGGGACUAGACAAGGCUGCCCACUCUUUCCCUACUUUUUCAAUAUGGUACUUAACGUCCUAGCCAUAGCAAUCAAACAAUGAAAGUAGGUCAAAGGGAAAAAAAUAGAAGGGAUGAAGUCAAAACACUAAUAUUUGAAGAUGAUAUGAUAGUCUACUUAAGCAACACCAAAAUUCUACCAGAGAACUACUUAACCUGAUCAACAACUUCAGCAAACUGUCCGAGUAUAAUAUUAACCCAAACAAUUCAGUAUUCUUCCUCUACUCAAAGGGUAAACAGGCUGAGAAAGAAAUUAGGGAAAUGGCACCCUUCACAAUAGUCCCAAAUAAUAUAAAAUAACUUGCUGUUACUUGAACCAAGCAAGUAAAAAAUCUGUAUGACAAGAACUUCAAAUCUCUGAAGAAAUUGAAGAAGGUCUCAGAAGAUGGAAAGAUUUCCCAUGCUCAUAGAUUGGCAGGAUGAAUAUGGUAAAAAAUGACCAUUUUGCCAAAGGCAAUCUACAGAUUCAAUGCCAUCACCAACAAUAUUCCUACUCAAUUCUUUAUAAAGGUAGAAAGUGCAAUUUGCCGUCAUUUGGUAGAACAUAAAACCCAGGAUAGCAAAACUAUACUCAACAAUAAAAGAACUUCUGGGGGAAUCACCAUCUCUGACCUCAAGCAGUAUUACAGAGCAAUAGUUUGUAUGGUAUUGGCAUACCGACAAGCAGAUCAGUGGAACAUAAUUGAAGACACAGAAAAGAACCCACACACCUAUGGUCAUUUGAUCUUUGACAAAGGAGGUAAAACAUCCAAUGGAAGAAAGAUAGUAUUUUUAACAAAUGGUGCUGGAUCAACUGGAGGUCAACAUGUAAAAGAAUGCAAGUUGACCCAUUCUUAUUACCCUGUACAAAGCUUAAGUCCAAGUGGAUCAAGGACCUCCACAUCAAACCAGAUACACUAAAAGUAAUGGAUAAAAAGUAGGGAAGAGUCUCGAAGACAUAAGAACUAAGGAAAAUUUCCUGAACAAAAUACCAGUGGCUUAUGCUUUAAGAUCAAGAAUCAACAAAUGGGACCUCAUAAAACUGAAAAGCUUUUGUAAGGCAAAGGACAGUGUCAUUAGGACAAAAAGGCAACCCACAGAUUGGGAAAAAAUCUUUACCAAUCCUGCAUCUGAUGGAGGGCUUAUAUCCAAAGUAUACACAAAACAGAAGAAGUUAGAGUACAGAGAGCCAAACACCCCUGUUAAUAAAUGGGGUUCACAGUUAAAGAAAACAUUCUCAGUUGAGGAAUAUAGAAUAGCUGAAAAGCACCUAAAGAAAUGCUCAAUAUCCUUAGUCAUCAGGGAAAUGCAAAUCAAAACAACCCUAAGAAUCCACCUCACACCAGUCAGGAUGUCUAAGAUCAAAAAAUCAGGUGACAACAGAUGCUGGCGAGGAUGUGGAGAAAGAGGAACACUCGUCCAUUGUUGCUGGGAUGGCAAACUGGUACAAGAACUCUGGAAAUCAGUCUGAACGUUCCUGUAAAAUUGGACAUUGCACUACCUGAGCACACAGCUAUACCUGUCCUGGGCAUGUACCCAAAAGAUACUCCAACAUACAACAACACAUAUGAUCCACUAUGUUCAUAGCAGCCUUAUUCAUAUUAGCCAGAAGCUGGAAUGAACCCAGAUGCCCUUCAACAGAGGAAUUUAUUCGAAAAAUGUGGUACAUCUACACAAUGGAGUACCACUCAGCUAUCAAAAACAAUGACAACGUUCAAUUCAUAGGCAAAUGGAAAGAACUAGAAAAUAUCAUCCACAGUGAGGUAACCCUAUCACAGAAAAACACACUUGGUAUGCUCUUGGGAGCGAUGGCCAUGAAGCCCUCCAUUAUUGAUGUUAUUAUUAUGGUGAGCAUUAAGUAUGCCUGGGUUCAUGGAAAAUCGCCAGCCAGCUGCAGAAGACUAAUACAAAUGUGGUGGUCAAGAUGAAUAAUCAUAUGAUAACGUGUGACAUUAAGAUACCCAAUGUCAUGACCUGUAACCUUUCUGAAAAACCAACAUCCUGCUGACUAAUAGAUAUGAAAAACCCGUGACCUUUCUGACAACCUGUCAACACCAGCCAAUUCUCUGACCACACGAAUAUUGUGUCCUUAGCGUGGGUAAAUGUUUCUUACUUCCCCCCUCUCCCUGUUACCCUUUUUAUGGUACAAAUUCAGCCUUGGGGAAAAAUAAAAUUGUCGCCUUGAUCAGACACUUGUCUUGGAGUCCUUCAUCACAUCUCUUGUCCUUCAUUCUCUUCCAGGUACUGAACACCCCUCGUUGACAGUAUGCACUCAUUGAUAAGUAGAUAUUGACCAAAACCUCGAAUUACCCAAGAUGCAAUCAACAGAUCUCAGGAAACUCAAGAAGAAGGAUGACCAAAGUGCAGAUGCUCCCACUCCUUCUUAAAAUGGGGAACAAAAAUAUCCAUAGGAGGGGAUAUGGAGGCCAAAUCUAAAGCAGAGACUGAAGGAACAGCCAUUCAGAGUCUGCCCCACAUGUGGCCCAUAUAUAUACAGCCACCAAAACUAGGUUUUGGUAGGAAGGCAUCAUCCCAAAAUGUCAUCAGUAAGCAAGAGGAGUGUCUAAAGGAACUGGAGGAACUCAAAUUUGAAAUCCAGAAGUGUCAAUUCGAGAGGGAUGAACUUUACCAAAUCCUGGACCUUUAUAUCUAUGAUGAGUGGGACCACAGGCUGCAUGUCGAAUUGCCAAUACUUCAAUCUGAACAUGAGAUGAGAAUGAUGGCUAUGCAAAUGAUGACCAACUCAAUAAGUGAUGCCAUGGAGAGGUACAAGGAGCUCAUACAAGUGAACAGUUCCUACCGCAUCAGGCAAUCCCAGCUCCUGCGUGAACAAGCUCAAUUGAAGAACAAUAUACAGAUUUUGCUGAAUGAGAAGAGAGAACUGCUGGUGGAGCAGACUGAACUGCCAGCAUCCUCUGUGGAGGCAAAGAGGUUCUGUGAAGAGGCCGGAAUGAACAUCUGUGACCCCAGAGCCAAGCAACAGCAGGUCUGAAAUUCUCCAGCAGAAACUCGAACAUGACACAGACCAGGACAAGAUCUCCCUUGGAGAGAAGAGCUACAGGAGGAGAACUAAGUGUGCACAGCAAAUACACCACUAUUGCGUCUCAUCUGUAGUGUCCAUAGCAAUUGUGGACGGCAUUUUCCUCCUUUAGUUUAACUUCUUUGGAUUGAAUAGGCUGUACUUUCACCUCAGCUCUCUCCAACAAGUGUGCACUUUUUGAGGGACUCAGAGAAGUGUUGAUGCACAUCAAUCAAGAGCUGCUGGUCAUCCAGAAAGACUGUGCACGUGUAAAUUUGUACUUGUCCUGAUGGGUCAUCCAGAAGAGUUUCAUGGAGAUCAGUUCACAACAUUGGAAAGACUUUGUGACAAAGUCUGUAAUAUCAUUUAUACUCAGUAUUGGUAGGCUUUUUCCUUAAUACCCCCACUCCAACAAAACAGACCUACUUCCACUCCUCUCGAGAAGAUUGUUACCAUCACUAACAGCUUUUCUACUAUGUCUCCAAGGCAAGCCACAGGCUAUAAGUCUAUUCUGCAAAAGGAGCAGCAAAAGAAUGCUUAGCGCAAUUCUUCUUUUUAAAGUUUGGUUAAUUUUUAAAUGUUUUGGUUAUUUGGUUUUCCUUCUAUUCAUUUGAAGAUUUAUUAUUUAUCUGUUGUUGUUGUUUUGUUCAUUUGCUUGUCUAUUUUGAUAAGGAUAUAGACUGUAUAUAUUGACUACCUGCAUUUGGUUACUAUCAAGUAAAUUGGAUGUAUUCUGGUCAAUAAAGGAGUAAUCUCAAA